AUGAACGUAUUUAAAAAGCUUGUUAAAUAGGAAAAAGAGUCUUCAGCUUUCAGUGAAAUUAUUGGUAAAGAUAGGAAUAUAGAAUUUAGUGACCUAAAUAAGCUAAAAGUUGGAGAUUUAGUUGAUAUAAUAAAAAAAUACGAUUAAUAUGUAGUAAAAAUGAAAAAAGAUACUUAACCAAUUUUAGAACAGCAUGAAGAAUACUAGUAAAAAGUUUAAAUUUUAGAAACAAAUCUAAGAAGCAAAGUUUUAGAAUUUGAUGAAAUUAAUUCUUAGUUGUUAGAAGUGCAAAAGCACCUUAAUAUUGAGCUAUCAAAAAAUAUUUAACUUUAGCAAAAUUAUGAAUUUAUAAAUAAACAAAAUGAGCAUCUAAAAUAAAAAUUAGAAUAAGCUUAAAGUAACGGUUAUUAAUGUAACACUCCUAUCUAAGCAAAGAAUGGGGAGGAGGAUUAAGAUCCUUAACCUGAAUAAAAAACUAAUAUUGUAUUGCGUGCAGAUUCAGAAUUAUUGAUGUUUACAAAUGAAUAAGAGCUCUAACAUUUAAGAAAUCUGUUUGAUUAGCUCAAAGAUGACGUAAACGCCUUUAUUGAAUAGCUUGGAUAAGAAGGUAAAGUUGUUUCAGACAGAGAAUAAAAAAAGAGAGAUGCUGCUAAAUAAGAAAAAAUAGCUGAAAAAAAGGAAAAGAAAAACAAAGAAAACGAAGAGGGUGAUGAUUAGUAGUAAGAAAGCGAAGAAAAUGAAGCAGAAGAAGGUGAUGAGUAAGAGGAAGUAGAAGAAGAUGCUGAUGAGGAAGAGGAGUAUACUUUAGAAGAAUUAUGUGGAAAUACAUGGGAUAGUUUGGCUUAAUUUAAUGAAUAGAUGGAAAUUCUAGUUUAAAAUAUGAAAGAAUACAAAGAAAAGAGUAAUUUCAACUCAAGCAACAACAAGGAUCUUAUAAAUAAUUAUGAAACUCAGCUGUUAAAUAAGUAGAAAUAAAUUGAUCAGUUUUAUAUGGAAAAAGAAAAAAUUAAUGAAGUUAAGAAAUAGCUUGAAAAAGAUUUCAUAGAAAUAAACUAAAAGCUUGCUGAUGAGAAAGGUAGAAAUGCGUAAUUAGAAGAUAAACUAGCCUCUUUUUCAAAGCAAUUUUAAGAAUUAUUUACAGAAAAUGAAACAUUAAAGGGAUAACUAAAGCAGCUUAAUGAAGAAAAAUCUAGCUUAAGCAAAGAGAUAGGAAAUGUUCAAAAUAUUUAUGCUUAAGAAGAAUAAAAACAAAAAGAAGAAAUAGAUGAAUUAUAAAAAGAAUUGGAUGAAAUAAAUGAAGAAAACGAGCGUCUUAAUGAAGAAUUAACAAAAGCUCGUUAGGAUUUAUAUUUGAAAACAAAAGAGUUAGACAACAAAGAUAGACAAGAAAAGCUAAAAAGUGCAUAGAUUGCUAAGGAUACACAAAAAUUAGAGUAAAAAUUAUAGGAAGCUGAAAAGGAUUUAGAAUAAUAAAUAGAAUCAAAUCAUUAAAAUUUAUAACGCCUUAAGGUAUUAGAAGAAAAAAGAAUUUAAGAGAAGAGUAAAAUGAAAACCCUCAAAGAUAAAGUGAAGGAGUUGCAAGAAGAGUUGAAUAAAAAAAAGUUAGAAAAUGCUAAAGACUUAGAAGCUAAAAAUAAAAUGCUUGAUUAAUUAGAAGAAGAAAUUGCAGGUCUUAGAUCUAAAAGUAAUGUAAAAGAAGAAUUAACAAAACUGACCUUAGAAAAGGAUGUUAAAAUUAAAAAUUUAGAAAUUUAACUCUAAGAGUAAGGAUUUAAUUUAUAAAGAUGGGAAGAUAAAAUAAAUGAGUACAAAUAGCAGUUAGAGGAUUUAAAAGAAAAAAAUGUUCAAUAAGAAUAAACAAUUAAAGUAUUAUUAGAAAGACGUGAGCAGAGUAUAUAAAAAAUAUAAGAGUUAAAUGCUUAAAUCGAUUUGAUGAGGAAUCAUUCCAAUCCUACUACACAGGCUCGUAUGAAUGAAAUUUAAAAUUUAGUUGAAAGAGCUUCUGCAAUAAAUUAAAGCUCAAAUUCUCUGUCUGAUGCUUCUGGUUCAAACUCAAAUAAAUUCUCAAAUAAUUUCCGUACUUAAUAAUAAGAUAAAACCCCUAAAUAAAUUCCUAACGAUUUCACUAUAAGUAUUUCUUCUAAAGGAUAAUUACCUCCAAAAGCACCUUAAUCAUUAACAAAUAGCUCUUAGCCUUCUCUUUCUAAAUUCUCCUAAAACGAAAUGAAAUAUUUGAAUGAAAUGAAAAAAGAAAUGGAAUAAGUCUAUAAAGAUUACAUAAGUAUAGCCUUUGGGUAUGAAAAAAAUUCUGUAAAAGAAAAUAACGAAAACUUUAUGAAAUUAGAAAAAAAGAUCAAUCUUUCCAUCAAAAAGGCAUAAGAUUUAAUGGAUGCAAUUGAAGAUAUGGCAUGA